AAGCGGUCGGCCACGCGGGCUCGCCGCUGGAGGACGGAGCUGCAGCUGCUGCUGCCAUGACCAAAAUAAAGGCCGAUGCGGACGGGCCGGAGGCCCAGGGCGAGGCGUGCUGCGGGGAGCGCACGUACCAGGAGCUGCUGGUUAACCUGAACCCCAUCGCGCAGCCCCUGGCUUCCCGCCGCCUCACGCGGAAGCUGUACAAGUGCAUCAAGAAAGCCGUGAAGCAGAAGCAGAUCCGGCGCGGGGUGAAGGAGGUGCAGAAGUUUGUCAACAAAGGCGAGAAGGGGAUCAUGGUUUUGGCAGGAGACACACUGCCCAUUGAGGUAUACUGCCACCUCCCAGUUAUGUGUGAGGACCGGAAUCUCCCUUACGUGUACAUCCCCUCGAAGACGGACCUGGGUGCAGCUGCAGGUUCCAAGCGCCCCACCUGUGUGAUCAUGGUGAAGCCCCACGAGGAAUACCAAGAAGCCUACGACGAGUGCCUGGAGGAGGUGCAGGCCCUGCCCUCCCCCCUCUGAAGGACUCAGCAACCUGGGACUGUACCUUCCUGCUGCCCACUGGCCUAGCAUGGCCCCGGCUCCCGGGCGAUGGGAUCCUCCGAGGCAGCACCUACCUGCCAGCUGUGUGUGAAGGUGGGGCUGGUACCUUUGCCAUCAGGGCUGCGUCCUGCUGAGCUUAAAUGGAUACAGCUCCAAGAGCGUGGGCUGGGGGAGUAAAUGCCAAGACUAGUGUGGUGAGUCCGUGGGUGUUGUAUGAAGCAGCAGCUACUGGUGCGGCCAAGGAGUUGCCGGGCGGGAAAGAGGGGAAACAGACUUCUCACCUAAGACCCAAAAGACCUGCAGCGCCCAGGGCCGGAGCAGUGCUCCAGCCGACAGCCAGCUGUGCCCACGUCAGAACCUUUCAGCAGUGACUUUCAGGGUAGGUGGAGGCACAGUGCAACCCCCAUCCCACCUGCAGCUUCUUUCCCGGGUGUCCUCAUUCCUCUUUGUUCCGCCCCAGGAGAUUUCGGUGCCACAUGGAAACUAGGGAAGCAAUUUGUCCACCCACUCACUAAAUUUUAAAUAGGAAACC